CUGGUACAGGUUCGGUAUCAUUCACCCCGAGUCUUUAGUCGACGAAGUUGAACGGUUUACAGAGUGUAAAACUUCGCUAACGUUAGCUCAUCGUCGAGUCUACUUCGAAAAUGUGUUUUCGCAACAACAAAGUGCCAGAGACCAGCAAGCAGAAAGCUCCUAGGACUCCCAGAUCGCCAUGGAGACGACACAGAGAGCUGAUGAAGCCAAAGCUCUCGAGGAAGAUCGUCCCCAGCGCCAGGGUCAACUUGAACGCCUACUGGUCCAACUUCGAGGACUUAUCUAAGAAGGGAUCAGUUGUAACAUUUGACGUCCCCCCUUCAACCGCUGAUAUUUUGAGGAGCUCCAUGUUCUCAGCUUUUCACGACAACGAAAUCAACGAAAACCUUGUCAACGAGCUUCUUGAACUCGGUAAAGAUUAAGCUUUCGUAGUUUUAAGUUCUAGGUUAGUACUGUUUCGUUUUGUAUAUAUUUUCGACUACAGCAGUCUUCCAUUUCGUAGAGUAGUUUUAGGUAGUUAUGAUUUUAAGCUUUAAUUUUUGGAUCUGUAUUUGGUUAAGCUGACUUUCUGAAAGUGCAAUUUAUUCAAAACGUGCAAUAUAUCUCGAAAAGUGCAAUAACUUAGAUGCUUUAAAUAAGACUGUGAUAUUAUUUGAGUUUUUAUUAAUACGAGCCACAAAUAUCAAAAUUUUUCCAUUUUGGAACCCUCUACUUUCAGAUAUAUAAACAAGAAGAUGAAAAAGAAUUGUGAUACUAGAAUUAGAUCUCAAUUAUGUGAUAUUAGCAUAGAACUAGUAUUGUGAUAUGGCUUCUUCCUCACUUUCUCUUGCUUUCAUUAGCACUUUCUUCUAUGAAUGUAUAUAUUUCCUCAACACCUAUACGUUUUGCUCAAGCUUUAAAGGAUUGCUUUAAAUCAACGAAUUUUAAUCGCAAAUCGUCGAUAUGUUUCAAGCUUUGAUUAGUUUUUAGGACUCCAACUGUGAUAUACAAAAAGCUUUAAUUAGUAUAGUUUCCGUAGGUUGCUUUUCUCUUUUUUCCAACUAACAGAGCUCGGCAAUGUUUCCGGGUCCUGUUUUUUGUGAUAUUUUUUGAAAAACAUAGGCCGACAAAGUGUCAAUUCGAUUGUAUAUAAGACUGCAUGCACUUAAAAUUAGUUCGCACCAUUUAGGUUAGUACUGCACCAUUCUUAUUUUUUGCACAUCACUUUUAGCUCUACUUUGAGUUAAUUUUUCGAAAAAAUGCUCGAGCUAACUAUGUGAUAGGUGUAUUUUUAUAGUUAAUUGUAUAUUUUUCUGUGAUAUCAGCUUAACAAAUGAUUUCUUCCAGUGCUUAUUGUAACAAUAAACAAAAUUUUAAUUUAGAAUUAAGUUAAACAUUUGUUAGUUAAUUAAGGUUCGAUAUAAGUUAUAUAAGUAUGUUCACAUCUCUCCCAUUACGUCUUUCAUUAGUUUUUUUAAUGAAUUAAAUCAUGUAAAAUGUAUGUAGUUGUGUUCUGUAUCCAUUUUGUAUUUUAUAUAUAAUCCUCUUUGAAAAAUAAAGUUCAAUAAAGUA